AUGAUCGGCGGCCUAUUCGUUUACAACCACAAAGGCGAAGUAUUAAUUUCAAGGGUAUAUAGGGAUGAUAUAGGACGAAAUGCAGUGGAUGCAUUUAGGGUGAAUGUCAUCCAUGCCAGGCAGCAAGUGCGUUCGCCCGUUACGAACAUAGCACGCACAUCUUUCUUUCACAUUAAGCGUGCCAACAUCUGGCUGGCAGCAGUGACCAAGCAAAAUGUAAAUGCUGCUAUGGUGUUUGAAUUCCUGUUAAAGAUCAUUGAUGUGAUGCAAUCAUACUUUGGCAAGGUCUCCGAGGAAAACAUUAAGAAUAACUUUGUGCUCAUAUAUGAGCUGCUAGAUGAGAUCUUAGACUUUGGUUAUCCACAAAACUCUGACACAGGAGUAUUGAAAACCUUCAUCACACAACAGGGCAUAAAGUCUGCUUCUAAGGAGGAACAGGCUCAGAUCACAUCACAGGUGACAGGGCAAAUUGGUUGGCGAAGAGAAGGCAUAAAAUAUAGACGCAAUGAGCUGUUCCUUGAUGUGUUGGAAUAUGUCAACUUGCUGAUGUCACCUCAAGGACAAGUCCUGUCUGCUCACGUAGCUGGCAAGGUAGUGAUGAAAUCCUACCUGUCUGGGAUGCCAGAAUGCAAAUUUGGUAUUAACGACAAGAUUGUGAUGGAGGCUAAGGGUAAGGGUAAUGGUGGAAUAUCUGGCAACACGGACAGCGAGGGUGCCCGCUCCGGUAAGCCGGUGGUCGUAAUCGACGACUGCCAGUUCCACCAGUGUGUGAAGCUCAGCAAGUUCGAGACGGAGCACUCGAUCUCCUUCAUCCCGCCGGACGGCGAGUUCGAGCUCAUGAGAUACCGUACCACCAAGGAUAUAUCGCUGCCUUUCCGCGUGAUCCCACUGGUGCGGGAGGUCGGCCGAACUAAGAUGGAGGUGAAAGUUGUGCUCAAGAGCAACUUUAAGCCGUCCUUGCUGGGACAGAAGAUUGAAGUGAAAAUCCCCACGCCGCUCAAUACUAGCGGAGUGCAGCUCAUCUGCCUCAAGGGCAAAGCUAAAUACAAGGCCUCUGAGAAUGCAAUCGUUUGGAAGAUCAAGCGCAUGGCGGGCAUGAAAGAGACACAGCUGUCGGCUGAGAUUGAACUGCUGGAGACCGACACGAAGAAGAAAUGGACGCGGCCGCCGAUCUCGAUGGGCUUUGAAGUGCCAUUUGCACCCUCUGGCUUUAAGGUCCGGUAUUUGAAGGCGCCACGGCUGCACUCUGAUGCCGCUCACAAUUCCCGAUUUCGAUAG